GAGACAGAGAGCGGGCAAGUAGCAAAUGGAGAGAUGAAGUAACAAGACAGUCCUAUGGCCUCCCAUCCAAGAACUAACCAGGCCCGACCCUGCUUAGCUUCCAACAUCAGACGAGAUCGGGCACGGUCAGGGCGGUAUGGCCGUAGACAAGACAGUCCUUUGGUGAGCAGGCGCUGGGCAGAGGAGCUGCUAGAACAAUGCUGAGGCGGGCGAGGUGAAGAGUGGCCCUCACGGCCCCCCCCACCCCCCCACGACGGAGUGUCUCGAACAGGUGAUAGGAGGAUCCGGAAACCGAGGCCACCUGGGCAUCCCUCCCCGCCCUCAGCCAGGCCCCCGGCACCCCAAAGACCGCGGGGAAACCAUGGCGACCAAUUUCAACGACAUCGUCAAGCAAGGCUACGUGAAGAUGAAGAGCAGGAAGCUGGGGAUCUACCGGAGGUGCUGGCUGGUGUUCCGGAAAUCCUCCAGCAAAGGGCCCCAGCGGCUGGAGAAGUACCCAGAUGAGAAGUCAGUGUGCCUCCGGGGCUGCCCCAAGGUAACUGAGAUCAGCAACGUCAAGUGUGUCACGCGGCUCCCCAAGGAGACCAAGAGGCAGGCAGUGGCCAUCAUAUUCACUGACGACUCAGCACGUACCUUCACCUGCGACUCGGAGCUGGAGGCGGAAGAAUGGUACAAGACCCUGUCGGUGGAGUGUCUGGGGUCACGACUCAACGACAUCAGUCUGGGAGAGCCGGACCUCCUGGCCCCAGGAGUGCAGUGUGAGCAGACAGACCGCUUCAACGUCUUCCUGUUGCCCUGCCCCAACCUGGACGUGUACGGCGAGUGCAAGCUGCAGAUCACCCACGAGAACAUCUACCUCUGGGACAUACACAACCCCCGCGUGAAGCUCGUCUCGUGGCCCCUCUGCUCACUACGCCGCUACGGCCGGGAUGCCACACGCUUUACCUUCGAGGCCGGCCGGAUGUGUGAUGCCGGGGAAGGGCUCUACACCUUCCAGACACAGGAAGGGGAACAGAUCUACCAGCGGGUCCACAGCGCCACCCUGGCCAUUGCUGAGCAGCACAAGCGCGUCCUGCUGGAGAUGGAGAAGAAUGUGAGGCUGCUGAACAAGGGCACGGAACAUUACUCCUACCCCUGCACGCCCACGACCAUGCUGCCCCGCAGCGCCUACUGGCACCACAUCACGGGUUCCCAGAACAUCGCCGAGGCGUCGGGCUACGCUGGUGAGUCCCAGUGGUGCCCCACACUCACCUACCACGAGGUUCUGCGGAGGGCAAGGCCUUCCGGGUGGGGGUCCUCUGACCUGCGUCUGAGUCCUGAGCCCGCCUCUGUGUCCACAGGUGAGGGGUACGGGGCAGCCCAGGCCAGCUCAGAAACAGACCUCCUCAACCGCUUCAUCCUGCUAAAGCCAAAGCCCAGCCAGGGGGACAGCAGCGAGGCCAAGACCCCAGCCCAGUGACAGCAGGGCGCGCGCGCACUGAGGACUGCCGGGGCUGCCUGUUGCCGGGCUGACUGCAGCGUGCUGCGGACGGCCCCGAGGGGCUGCUGGCCGAGAGCCUGGAGCAACGGAGCAAGCGAUCCCUUCCUUGCCCCCAAGGGUGAGGCUGGACCAAGGCCCGGGGCUGGCCACAGCGCCAGAGCAUGUGUGAGGGGCUGGAGCUACUGUGGGACUAUAUACUGUUAAUGAUUUUAAUAUAUAUGGCUUAUGACAUAUUCUAUAUUAAGGAGAUUUCCCCCAUCCCUCCCCAGUACCACAUCCACCCUUUUGAAUCCCAUGAGCGGGUCAGUCAAGGCUGUUUUAGAAUGUGAGGGUGGCGGUUCCCCGUCCUCCAGGGCACAGCCCCCUGCUGCCAGGACUUGUUUCAGGGGCCAGGGCCAGAGGAGGGAGACGAAGCUCCAGGCUGGUGCUGUGACCACUGGCUUUUCCCCCAAGCAGCCCAGGGGUGGAGACAGCAGGUGGCUUCUGAAUCCCUCUGGGCCCAGAGUGGCACAGGAAGCAUCUGAGCUUCCACUUGGCAGCCUUGCACUUGGAAGUUUUAAGCAGAGGUGACAUCUGGUUGACACCUCAGGUGAAAAUCUGGUUCUAAAAUCUAAUUUUUACCCAAGCUCCUUCCUGCUUAGUAGGCUGAGAAGACACCCUGGGGUGGGGGUGCGGGUUACCUCAGUCAGGAGGAGGGCCGGUCCGAGCUCUUCCCUGCCCCAGGGCCAGGCUGGGGGGAGCACCCCUCCCAGACCCGGGGCCGGGCGAUGUCCCAGCAGAGGGAGCCCCUCUGCCCUGUCUGGCCACCCUAAAGCACUCAGAAACGGAGCCCUUCCCAUUUCCUCUUUCCCACAUGGUGCUGAGGCUCCCUGCUGAAAUGCAAUUAAAGCAAUUGAUUUUCUA